CUUAGUGCUAUGGCUCUUCGGACACGUUUGGCUGUCAGCGACGUCCUGCAUCGCGGUCUGGUCUGGUCACUACUCGGCGUGAGCGUCUGGGGAAUUGUCAUGAUGGGAGUUGUCCACCGCGAGACACUAAAGGCUGGCAGAGAGGCUUUGGCAAGGCAAGAGGCGUUGGGCCCGGUACCCACCGUCGUACCUAAAGACGAGGAUGAGAAACACGAGGUGGCCCUCGCGGAGGCUGCUAUCGCCGCACUCAAGAACCGCUCCAACCGAGCAUAACAACCUCGUCCUCCUUCGGACACGGCUAUGCGCCUUUGGAGGUGGAAUACCGGUACGCUCUACAUCGAGCACCCCCACUAGACGGCUAUGCAUGCCAUUCAAGCACCUGCACAGGAUUAGUGCCGCUUUCAUCCUUCGCCGUGAACCAGAAUGUCUUCUGCUACGGCGCGUCUGCGCUCCCUGUAAAGUACGGCUCUUAUAUUACAUGCACCGGCGUACCGGAUUUUCC